GGACUUUUCUUUUCCACACACACAAAACAAAGCAACUAAAUCCUCUUGUUUUUCUUCACCACACAAAUAUAUACGCAUACUAGAAGAUUAAUUUUAGGCUAAAUUAUAUUUGGUUUCAAUAAUUUCCAUGAAAUUUUGCUGCCAUCUCGGGAUAAAAAGAGGACAGUUUACUAAAACAAGAAAACAGCUCGUCAGUUCACAGCUGUGCAGAGGGGUGGGGUAGCGUUUGUUCACUGUAUUGUGUAUUCCAUUGAAAAACUUCUUUAUUUAUAAAUAAGAUAAGAAAAAAUGGGAGCUUUCGUCUUAUAAAAUUCAAUUAGUCAACUCUCGUCUGCACAUGGGAACCAUGGCCCCAUCCUCCUCUUUUUGAAUCCUCGUUUCUUCUCUAUACUUUAUCUGUCGAUUUUUCAAACACAAGUGGAUUGAAAAAUUGAUAUAUUCAUUUCUUUGGUUCCUUGUUCCAAGCUUGACUCCAGCAGCUGUAGUGAAGUUCUCUUUUUCUUUUCUCUUGAAAUACAGAAUCCCACGUCGUUUUUCUUUUCAGUUUUGGAGACGAGAGAGAGAGAAAUGGCUGGAGGGGGGUUUUCAGAUGGAGGGCCACUGAAAAGGGCUCAUCUUUAUGAGUAUCGGAUUACUGGGUACUUCAUUACUGCUUGCAUUGUUGCUGCUCUUGGUGGGUCUCUCUUCGGCUACGAUCUUGGUGUUUCUGGUGGGGUGACUUCCAUGGAUGAUUUCCUCGAGGAAUUUUUCCCAAAAGUACUCAGAAGAAAGCAUCUACAUCUGAAUGAAACAGAUUACUGUAAAUAUGACAACCAAGUUCUCACACUCUUCACUUCCUCUCUAUACUUUGCUGGUCUAGUUUCCACUUUUGCUGCUUCUUAUGUAACAAGAAAGCGAGGCCGAAGAGCGAGCAUCAUCGUCGGAUCGAUCAGCUUCUUUCUAGGCGGCGCGAUCAACGCUGCUGCGAAAAACAUUGCAAUGCUGAUCAUCGGACGGAUUUUUCUCGGCAUCGGUAUUGGAUUUGGGAACCAAGCAGUGCCGUUGUAUCUAUCCGAAAUGGCCCCGUCGAAAAUCCGAGGAGCGGUUAACCAACUGUUUCAACUGACAACUUGCUUGGGGAUUCUGAUAGCAAACUUCAUAAACUAUGGAACUGAAAAAAUCCAUCCGUGGGGGUGGAGGCUGUCUCUUGGCUUGGCCACAGUCCCAGCAAGUUUGAUGUUUAUAGGGGGGAUUUUCCUUCCUGAGACGCCCAACAGUCUGGUGGAGCAGGGCAGAUUGGAGGAGGGGAGAGCUGUGCUAGAGAAGAUCAGAGGGACGAAGAACGUUGGCGCCGAGUUCGACGAUCUGAUCGACGCAAGCAACGCAGCACGAGCGAUCAAACACCCAUUCAAGAAUCUCCUGAAGCGAAAAAACCGACCCCAGCUGGUGAUUGGAGCAUUGGGGAUUCCUGCAUUCCAGCAACUCACUGGCAUGAACUCCAUUCUGUUCUAUGCUCCUGUGAUAUUCCAGAGCUUGGGGUUUGGAUCAGAUGCAGCCCUCUAUUCAUCUGCCAUCACAAGUGGUGCCCUUGUUCUUGCUACAUUCAUAUCAAUGCUUUUGGUAGAUAAGUUUGGCAGGAGAGCUUUCUUCCUUGAAGCCGGUACCGAAAUGAUAUGUUGUUUGAUUGCAGUAGCAGUGACCCUAGCGCUUAAGUUCGGACAAGGGGUAGUGCUUCCCAAAGGGAUAGGGAUCUUCCUUGUGAUUGUGAUCUGCAUAUUUGUGUUGGCUUAUGGAAGGUCAUGGGGGCCGCUCGGGUGGCUGGUGCCGAGCGAGCUGUUUCCGUUGGAGACGAGAUCGGCGGGGCAGAGCGUGGUGGUGUGCGUGAACUUGCUUUUCACCGCUUUGAUAGCACAGUGUUUCCUCGCAGCUCUGUGCCAUCUCCGGUACGGGAUCUUCUUACUGUUCGCGGGUUUGAUUGUAAUAAUGAGCAGUUUCAUCUUCUUCCUGCUGCCAGAGACAAAGCAAGUGCCUAUUGAAGAAGUGUAUCUGCUGUGGCAGAAUCACUGGUUUUGGAAGAGAAUUGUUGGACAAGAGGGAGUGAACGGGAAUGCCAAAGCAACAGGACAAUGGAAUCAAAAUGUGUAGGAAGGAACAAGAACAACCAAACACCAAAAUCAAAAGAAAGUGUCAUUUCAUAAUAUUGUUUGAGUUUAAAGAAUGCAUAUUAUAGUAAAUUGGUAUUUGUGUUCAUUCCACAGUCAUAUUAUUUAACUAACUCUUAAGCUAAUUAAGAUCCCACUCAAGGAUCUGCCUAUUGUAGAGUUUUUAUGGCCUUUUUCUU